AAGCCUAGACUCUAAGUUGUAAAGAUUUGAAAGAUGAAUGUGUUUAGAAAACAAGUUUCCUCUUCUCGUGGUGAAUACAGGAGAUCCCUCUCAGACUCAGCUCACAGUGCUAGGAAUCCCAGCAGUCUGAAUGCUUAUGAGUGGCGCACACCUUCAAAACCAAAAUGGAAAAUUUACAAGCGGGCCCACUCAGAACCUUUGAAAGCAACAAAUGCUUAUAAGUGGCACUCAGCCUCCGGUUUUUCAUGGACCACUAGCAGACGGAUUUUUUCUGACUUGGACAACACCAGUUCUUCAGACCAGGAUCAGCUAAAAUCAGCUAAGCCUCAUCUUAAAUACACUGGAUCAAAUGAUAUUUUGGAACAGUCUCCUGCCCAGGUGGUGAAAACAAAUGCCAAACUGACAACAGCCCCAUAUCACAGAUCGAUUUCUGAACCUGGUUGCCCUUCGCACAUUGAGAAGCCACCUUUGAGACAAGUCCACUCAGACGCUGAGCAGAGAAUUGAUUUUAUGCGUGGUUUCUUCACUACUGUAUCAAGCCGACUUUCAAAACUGUUGAGGCACAAAGAAGAACCAGAUGUGGAUUCAGUGCAGGAAGAUGUGAAAGGACCCCCAACACACAGGCUGUCAUGUGGUCAGUCUCCAUACACGGAAACAGCCUGGGAUCAGAAAUAUUGCAUGCUGACUGAUAACCAAAUGAUCCUUUUGAAUAAGGAAGAGGAGGUGAAUGUUGACAUAUUGCAAGACCAGCAAAUGGAGUCCUCAAAAGGACGAAUGCUACGGCGCACCGUCAGUGUUCCGUCUGAGGGACAGUUCCCAGACUAUCAGCAGGAUGGAAGCAGUAAACUGGAACCCACUGGAGAACGCUCCCCACGUCGGAGAAGUAUUUCAGGCCCAGGAUCGUCUGAGAAAACAAACGGAAUGGAGGAUUCCACAUCCCCAUUCAAGGGUUUUUUCAGCAAACGAUUAAAGGGCUCUAUAAAACGAACAAAGAGCCAGCCAAAGCUUGACCGCAAUACCAGUUUCCGCCAGAUACUACCAUCACUCAGGAAUUCUGACAAUGACCGGUCCCGUGCUUUACCAAAAUUGAAAGAAUCUCGUUCUCAUGAAUCAUUGCUGAGUCCUGGAAGUGCAGUUGAAUCUUUGGAAUUAAGUAUGGAGCAAGAUGUUUUCGUUAAACCUUUGCACAGUAGUAUCCUUGGGCAAGACUUCUGCUUUGAGGUUACGUACACAGGAGGUAGUAAAUGUUUCAGUUGCUCAUCUGUGGCAGAGAGAGAUAAGUGGAUGGAGAAUCUACGGAGAGCAGUGCAGCCAAACAAGGACAAUUGUCGUCGAGCAGAAAAUGUACUCCGUCUCUGGAUAAUUGAAGCAAAAGAUCUAGCCCCAAAGAAAAGGUAUUUCUGUGAACUGUGUCUUGAUGACACACUAUAUGCACGAACUACCAGUAAAAUGAAAGCAGAUAACCUGUUCUGGGGUGAGCACUUUGAGUUCUACACUCUGCCAAUGGUCAGGAACAUCACAGUGCACAUUUACAAGGACAUGGAUAAGAAGAAAAAGAAAGAUAAGAAUAAUUAUGUGGGACUGGUUAAUAUACCAAUCACCAGUGUCAUUGGACGACAAUUCAUAGAGAAAUGGUACCCUGUCAGCACACCUAAUCCCAACAAAGGCAAAGGUGGAGGUCCUUACAUCCGCAUCAAGUGCCGCUAUCAAACAAUUGCCAUCCUUCCAAUGGAACAGUACAAGGAAUUUGCAGAGUUUGUUACCAACAACUACACCAUGUUGUGCUCUGUGUUGGAGCCAGUGAUCAGCGUGAAGAAUAAAGAAGAGAUGGCCUGUGCACUUGUUCACAUUCUGCAGAGUACUGGUCGGGCAAAGGAUUUCCUUACAGACUUGGUAAUGUCCGAAGUAGACCGAUGUGGAGAACAUGAUGUUCUCCUCUUCAGGGAAAACACUUUGGCAACCAAAGCAAUUGAGGAGUAUUUGAAGCUUGUUGGUCAGAAGUAUCUCCAUGAUGCCUUAGGAGAGUUCAUAAAGGCACUAUACGAAUCAGAUGAAAAUUGUGAAGUGGACCAGAGUAAAUGUUCAUCCAGUGAGCUACCAGAACAUCAGAGUAACCUCAAAAUGUGUUGUGAACUGGCAUUCUGCAAAAUCAUCAACUCCUACUGUGUUUUUCCACGUGAGCUAAAAGAAGUUUUUGCCUCAUGGAAACAGCAGUGUUUAAACCGUGGAAAACAUGAUAUCAGUGAGCGCCUAAUCAGUGCCUCACUCUUCCUGCGUUUCCUUUGCCCUGCCAUUAUGUCUCCCAGUCUGUUUGGCCUGAUGCAGGAGUACCCAGAUGAUCGAACAUCUCGUACGCUCACCCUUAUCGCCAAAGUCAUCCAGAAUCUUGCCAAUUUCACAAAGUUUGGGAAUAAAGAGGAAUACAUGGCGUUUAUGAAUGAUUUUCUGGAACACGAGUGGAGUGGGAUGAAACGUUUUCUGGUUGAAAUCUCAAACCCCGACACCAUUUCUAACACACCAGGGUUUGAAGGAUAUAUUGACCUUGGACGUGAGCUCUCUGUCCUGCAUUCACUGCUGUGGGAGGUGGUGUCACAGCUUGACAAGGGUGAAAAUUCAUUUCUACAGGCAACAGUAGCAAAACUUGGUCCACUCCCACGCAUUCUCAGCGAUAUCACCAAAUCACUAACUAGCCCUACACCAAUUCAGCAGCAGGUCCGCCGAUUUGGGGACCACAUCAGCUCAUCCCCAAAUGUGAGUGGCAGUGUGUCAUCAGGACUGCAACGGAUAUUUGAAGACCCCAGUGACAGUGAUGUGCAGAAACUGCAGUCUCCAACUCAAGAGAAUGUUGAAGCAUUUCUGCACACCAGGCAGCACUUCACAAGCCAACCAACCUCAACACAAAGCAUGACCUACUCUGACAGGGAUGAAGACGAAUCUAUUCUACAUAAUGGCAGAAGUGUAUCACUUGUGGACCUGCAGAACACUGCAGUGACUCAAGCGACAAGUAGCGUUCCAGUUCUUUCUACUGUAUCUGGGCAACAUACUGGCAGCCAGGCAUUAAGUACCCACAGUGCAAACAUCAAGCAACUCCAAGAUGUACAGAGAGGGGCACACAGUGUUCCUCAGAUCCGCCGACCUCUACAUCCAGCUCUGACCCAGCAGAGCAGCCUGCAACCUCUGUCUUUCCAAAACCCCGUCUAUCAGCUAAACAAUCCACCAGUUGGGAGCAGUAAAGCUGGCAUGGACUCUUCUUCAGAGAACCUAAGCUCAACAAGCUCCCGGAGCCACACCAAUAGUGAGGAGCUAAUCAGCAAACUGAGUGGCCCCAGUAAUAGCAGUAUAGAGGACUUUGCUAAACGCAGUGCAUACAGUGAUGAUUACUCCAAGCGAAACACCAUGCCAGACAGGAGCAAUCUUCCAGUGGCACUACCUCGACAGAAUAGCAUUGGGCAUUCACAGCUCCGCAGGACAGAGCUGUCAGCUCACAACAACCGAGUGAAAGCACCUCAUUCAUUACCACUUAGUGGAUCACAGAGAAGUGCAGGUAGCAUGUCAGGAUUACCAUCUACAUCACCUGAGCCACCACAAACUGAAAACAGGUCACGGCAACCAUCAACUUCAUCAAAAGGGGAAAGUCCUGUGCCGAAAGUACGAGCAAUACAUAGACAGCAGCAGUCGCAACAGGUCCAGUCACCCGUGGAGACUGCUACUAUGUCACCAGUUGAGAGAACAGCAGCUUGGGUUCUAAAUAAUGGACAAUAUUUGGAAGAUGAUGAAACAGAACAAAUCCGUGAGGAGAAUAAACAUGCAGAGAGGUAUGAGCAAGAGAUAGCGAAGCUAAAGGAUCGAUUGAAGGUGUCAAGUCGGAGACUGGAGGAAUAUGAGCGCCGCUUACUUGCCCAGGAGCAGCAGAUGCAGAAGCUCCUGCUUGAGUACAAGUCCAGGCUAGAAGAUAGUGAAGAGAGGCUGAGGAGGCAGCAGGAGGAGAAAGAUAGCCAGAUGAAAACGAUCAUCAGCAGAUUGAUGGCAGUGGAAGAAGAGCUGAAGAAAGACCACUCAGAAAUGCAGGCAGUGAUUGAUGCAAAACAGAAAAUUAUUGAAGCCCAGGUCAAUUUUGAGGAUGGGAUGAGCACAACAGGAGAAACGAAUCACUUCCCUGGACUCUGCCAACUCUCGGCUGAUGAAUGCUCUAACACAGGUCAAGGAACGUUACAGCAUGCAAACUCGGAACGGGAUCUCUCCCACAAAUCCCACCAAACUGUCAAUAACAGAGAACGGGGAGUUCAAGAACAGCAGCUGUUGAGUGGGAGUCCAAAUAUUUCUGACCAGACGCACAUGGACUGAGUUUUCUGAAUUCACUCUUGAGGAGUUGUUUACAGGUGCUGCUACGACAUUUUUCAUGCUUCAGAUCAUGAGACAUUAUUCACAGGACAAUGCCUAAUAUCAUCAUUGUACACUCUGCAAAAGUCUUACUCCACUGUGGAGAACUGUUUGAAACCUGUACAGAAAUGAACUGUAAGAUUAUAUUGGGGUAAAUAAUUACUUGUAGAAUUUAAAGUAACUUUUUUUUAAUUAUAUCUGUUAGAAUUCCUGCUUUGAAAGUUGUUGCAAAAGAAAGAGUAGAAAAUGGAACAUUUAUUUUACAAGAAGUGGAAUUUUCAUGUGUUGUGUAAUUUGAACUUAAAUUCUCUGACUAGGGGUGUACAUAUUUAACAGAGAAGCCCAUAGAAAGGAGGUAGUCUGUAUAAAUAGUCGGAGUAUCUAAAGAGACUGGGACUUGGUUUGUUGUAUUGCAGGUUGGCUACUUUCAAGAUAAAACAUCCUGUAUUAAUUGGGUUCCCAGCCAAAGAUAUUUUACAAGUGGUUUUAUUUGGCUGAGGCGUUUGACAUGAACAGUAGGAAGCUAUAAAACGCAACAUCUUAGAAGUUAAUAUUUUCAAUUCACACUUUUAUCAAUUUGAAAAAUAUUCAUCAAUAUGACCAUUGAAGAAAUCUUUUAAAAGACGUUGUUAUUUUACUGAACUGUAGCUUACUGUAUAUAAUAAGAAACUGCCAUGAGCGAUUCUGUGUGUAUGAGAGAGAGAGAGAGAGAGUUAGAGACACAGCGACAGAGUGAGUGAGAGAACAAGACAGAGACAACUAAUUUCUGUGGUUGUACAAAAUGUGGUUUCCUGGAAAAAGCAACUGAAUGUAGGGAAACGAUGAUGCUGCCAUACUAGACAAAGGGAACAGUAGUAAUGCCGAACACGAACUUCAAGCACGCUUUUUUUUUCUUUAAACCCAUUCGUUUUUUUGCAUGUAUCUAAACUGUGUUAACCCAAAGCAUCUUAUAACUUUAUUAGAGUAACAUUAUGCCAAAUUCCUACCAGCCUAACCAAUUUGAAUGUCUCCUGGAGCUGUUUUGUAGGAAUGUUAAAACUGAAACGUGCACCUGUCUUCCCUGCAACUGCAUUCAGAUUUCCAGUGGUUGCUGCUGUUGCGUUUGUUUAUUGAAGGUGUGAAGGUUAAAGAUGGAUUUAAUCCAAAACCAUUGACUCAGUUUUAAUGAGAACUGUUAGAACAGAACAAAGAAAAUAAAAUA